GACUACAUCUAGGCUGCGAGUGGGAGGGAGGAGUGGACUUGGGAAGCAAAACAUGGCGAAAUAACAAGUUUGGCGGCUAUACCGCAGUUAGAAACUGCACCGAUUCUAGCAGUGGCGGACUAUGACUGCAAGUUCAUAAAAUCUGGACGCCGGAGAUCGACGGCAGCGCUCAACUUUGAAGCGUCGAGUGCUCAGGCUUACAAGUAUUACGGUGGCUGCCGAUAACACAGUGCCUGCUCGUCUGCCCGUGUUUUCCCCCGGAAGGUUGGCAGUGCUAGGCGCGACUGUCAACACAGAAAAUGGAUGAAGAAGGAAAGGGAAAGUUUAUUCUGGAAAAGACAAUUUAGCUCGCUAGCCUAGCUGCGUUAGCCAGCCGGCCAGUUAAACGUUAGAUUAACCGCACACACCUGACUCGGUAUUCGGAUUAUUUGUGCGCUCUGGACGAAACCCGGGGGGCGAAUUUAAGUCGCGUUAACAAGUUUGACAACUGCAGCCGCAGGGAAUCGCAUUUGAAACGAGGCCCUUUUUUUCCCAUUUUUUUCCUCCCCACGCUCCUAAUCUGUGACAAAAUCCUGGGAGGUUUCAGGCCAGCGAUGAGAGCCUGACGGUCGGUUCUGGUGCGGUGCGGACGGACCCGUGGACGCCAUCACAUCAGACGUUGCGUUCUCAGUAAAACAAUCACUGCGCUGAUAAACCGUAAAUAAUAAAAAAUAGCAUACUUUAUCAGUGUAAGUAGGAAUGUUUCAGUGGCACACAACACCUGUCUGGUAGUUGUUUUUCUUCUUCUUCUCCCCCCUCGGUGACACGCAUCGGUGUAUUAUAUAUGAGAUUAGCUGGGAUGUUGGAGAGCAGGGGAGAAGCGGCGUCUUGUCAAAAUGAACGCAGCAAGGUGUUCAACAACAGCGGAGGUGCUCUGCAUUUGAAACCUGCCAGUUGUUAGAUCGAUAUCAAAUGGGCGGCUAACAGCGACGUUGACAGCCUGUCUAAAAAAAUCCUACUUUUUAAGUUGCAUGCGAUUUGAUUAGCUGCCGCAGGCGGCAUUUCUGUAAAACAAGUGCGAAUAACAUUUACAGCUUUCGGCCAGAGUUGACGUGAGCUAGCCAGCUGGGUGCGUCUGUCCGCUCUAUCUGCGAUGCAUUUGCUAAUCUAAGUGCUACAGCUCCUGCGUGUUGGACCGCCACUUUGCUGUAUUUCCUCUGGGUUUAGGCCGUUAUAAGCUCGCGUGAUCGGCCGCUUAAAUCCCCCUUAAGCACUUCUUGUCAAAUAAGUGGCUAACUUAUUAGCCAGCGUGAUAAGUUUCUCCAGCUAUGUCUGAAAACGCCCCCACAAGAAGCCUGGAUGACAUAGACCUCGCAGCUCUGAGGGAUCCAGCAGGAAUCUUCGAGCUGGUCGAGGUUGUUGGCAAUGGCACAUAUGGACAGGUGUACAAGGGACGUCACGUGAAGACGGGCCAGCUGGCUGCCAUCAAGGUGAUGGAUGUUACAGAGGAGGAAGAAGAGGAGAUCAAAGCUGAAAUAAACAUGCUGAAAAAAUACAGCCACCACCGCAACAUAGCCACAUACUACGGUGCCUUUGUCAAGAAGAGUCCGCCGGGACACGACGACCAGCUUUGGCUGGUGAUGGAGUUUUGUGGGGCGGGGUCAGUGACCGACCUGGUGAAAAACACUAAGGGCAGCUCUCUAAAGGAGGACUGGAUUGCUUACAUCUGCAGAGAGAUCCUAAGGGGUCUGUCUCACCUCCAUGCCCAUAAAGUUAUCCACAGAGACAUCAAGGGCCAGAAUGUUCUGCUAACAGAGAAUGCAGAGGUCAAACUGGUCGAUUUUGGGGUCAGCGCCCAGUUGGACAGGACAGUUGGGCGAAGAAACACCUUUAUUGGCACACCGUACUGGAUGGCACCUGAGGUCAUUGCCUGCGAUGAGAAUCCUGACUCCACCUAUGACUACAGGAGUGAUAUUUGGUCCUUGGGAAUCACAGCUAUUGAGAUGGCCGAAGGAGCUCCUCCCUUGUGUGACAUGCACCCAAUGAGAGCCCUCUUCCUGAUCCCCAGGAACCCCCCUCCAAAACUUAAAUCGAAGAAGUGGUCCAAGAAAUUUAUUGACUUUAUAGAGAGCUGCCUUGUAAAGACAUAUCCCAGCCGGCCAUCCACGGAGCAGCUGCUCAAGCAUUCCUUCAUCAGGGAUCAGCCCACUGAACGCCAGGUCCGAAUUCAACUCAAAGACCAUAUUGACCGUACACGCAAAAAAAGGGGAGAGAAGGAAGAAACAGAGUACGAGUACAGUGGUAGUGAUGAAGAGGAGGACAAUCGUGGAGAUGACAGAGAGUCAAGUUCAAUCCUCAAUGUGCCGGGUGAGUCCACCUUGCGGCGGGACUUCCAACGUCUGCAGCAGGAGAACAAAGAGCGCUCGGAGGCUCACAAGAGGCAGCAGGCCCAACUGGCGGCUCAGCGCCGGGACCCCGAGGAGCACAAGAGGCAACUGUUGCAUGACCGACAGAAACGCAUCGAAGAACAGAAGGAACAGCGUCGCAGACUUGAAGAGCAACAGAGAAAACAGGGAGAGAUGGUGAGGCAGCAAGAAAAGGGUCCCCAUCGGAGACUUGACGAUAUGAGACGGGAGGAAGAUAGGAGGCUGGCAGAGAGGGAGCAGGAGUUUAUCAGGCAUAAGUUAGAAGAGGAGCAGCGGCAGUUAGAAAUCCUCCAACAGCAGUUGCUUCAGGAGCAAGCGCUGUUAAUGGAAUAUAAACGCAAGCAGCUCGAGGAACAGCGUCAGUCCGAGCGGCUGCAGAGACAGCUGCAACAGGAACAUGCCUACCUGGUGUCCCUGCAACAACAGCAGCAAGACAAGAAACCUCAGCUUUACCACUACAACAAAAACCUGGAGCCCAACAACAAACCGACUUGGGCCCGUGAGGUGGAGGAGAGAAGUAAGCUCAACAGACAGGGCUCACCCAAAAUCUGCACUACUGUCUCCGACACUGCCAUCCAGUCACGCUCUGACUCAAUCAGCCAGUCAGGAGCGGUCCAGUCUGCGCAGACCCCACCAAUGCAAAGGCCUGUUGAACCCCAAGGAGGGCAGGGCAAGUUCCAGAUGGCUCACUUGGUUCCUCUGAAGCCUUAUGCUGCCCCUGUCCCUCGCUCUCAGUCACUCUGUGACCAGCCCACUAAGACCAUGUCCGCCUUCCCUACCCAGGAUCCUUCCCUGACCCCCACACCCCGCCCUAUCCACUCCAGGGAGCUGGUGCGUCAGAAUUCAGACCCCACUUCUGAAACCCAGGCACCACAGGCACACCAAAUCAGAGAGGAUCGUGGCCCAUGGAUCCGCCUGCCAGAUGUAGAACUUCCACCCAAGAUUCCACAGAGGACGGCGUCUAUCGCCACAGCUCUCAACACCAACCUAACCUCUGGUAUAAGGCACCCAGUAAGAGCCAGCAAUCCAGAUCUCAGUCGCAAUGAUCGCUGGGAGAGAGGAGACAGCAUGAGCAUCAUAUCCAAUCUUCCCCAGACGGGCAGUUUAGAGAGGCAUCGCAUCCUCAGUUCCUCCAAAAUGGAUUCGCCCAUUCUCUCCCACGAUCCUCGUCACAAGCCAGGAGAAUCUCGAACCUCCUCCCGGCCUGGGCGUCCUGCUAGUUACAAGAGAGCUAUAGGGGAGGACCAUGGCCUCUUUGCCAAGGAGCGUGCCGAGGAGCCGCCAAGACCUCCAGUCAAAGCCAACGAUUACUCGUCCUCUUCGGAAAGCAGCGAGAGUAGUGAAGAAAGCGAAAGCGGCGAGGGAGCAGAGGAGGAAGAAAGCCCCACAGAUCGCCACAGAGAUGCAGACACUGAUUCAGUCAACACCAUGGUGGUUCAUGAAGAUGAGGGCGAGGCAGGAGAAGGAGAGCAAGCUGGAGGCUAUGGGGAUCAGACCAUGCUGGUACAGAGGACCCCAGAGAAGCGCAGCCAUAACGGAUACACUAACUUGCCAGAUGUGGUGCAGCCCUCUCACUCCCCCACUGACUCAGCCACUCACUCCUCUCCUGGGAAGGACUCUGUUUACGAUUAUCAGUCCAGAGGUUUGGUUAAGGCAUCUGGCAAAUCCUCUUUCACUACCUUUGUGGAUCUGGGGAUGUACCAGUCACCAGGAGGUACAGGCGAUAACAUAUCUGUCAGUGGCUCCAGGUUUGAUCAGCUGAAGAUGGAAGUGAGGAAAGGAUCCAUGGUGAAUGUCAAUCCCACCAACACACGCCCUCCUAAUGACACACCAGAGAUCCGCAAGUAUAAGAAGAGGUUCAACUCUGAGAUCCUGUGCGCUGCACUUUGGGGUGUGAACCUUUUGGUAGGCACGGAGAAUGGUUUGAAGCUACUGGAUCGUAGUGGUCAGGGCAAGGUCUACCCCCUCAUCAACUCUCGCAGGUUCCAGCAGAUGGACGUCCUGGAGGGCCUCAACCUGCUCAUCACCAUAUCAGGCAAGAAAAACAAAGUGCGUGUCUACUACCUGGCAUGGCUGAGGAAUAAGAUCCUCCACAAUGAUCCUGAGGUAGAAAAGAAGCAGGGUUGGACCACAGUGGGAGAGAUGGAGGGCUGUGUACACUACAAAGUGGUGAAAUACGAGAGGAUAAAGUUCCUGGUGAUUGCUUUGAAGAAUGCGGUGGAAGUUUAUGCUUGGGCGCCCAAACCUUAUCACAAAUUCAUGGCCUUCAAGUCUUUUUCAGAUUUGCCACACAGGCCUGUCUUGGUCGACUUGACAGUGGAGGAAGGCCAGAGGUUGAAGGUCAUCUAUGGAUCUUGCGCUGGCUUCCACGCCAUCGAUGUGGACUCUGGAAACAACUAUGAUAUUUAUAUUCCCGUUCACAUCCAGAGCCAAGUGACACCACACGCAAUCGUGUUCCUGCCCAGCUCAGACGGCAUGGAGAUGCUGCUGUGCUAUGAGGACGAGGGCGUCUACGUCAACACAUAUGGGCGCAUAAUAAAGGACGUUGUCCUGCAGUGGGGCGAGAUGCCUACAUCUGUUGCUCAUAUCUGCUCAAACCAGAUCAUGGGUUGGGGAGAAAAGGCCAUUGAGAUCCGCUCUGUGGAGACUGGCCACUUGGACGGUGUUUUUAUGCACAAAAGAGCUCAGCGGCUGAAGUUCCUUUGCGAAAGAAAUGACAAGGUGUUUUUCGCAUCAGUGCGGUCUGGAGGCAGCAGCCAGGUUUACUUCAUGACGUUGAACAGAAACUGCAUCAUGAACUGGUGAAAGGACCCCAGCAGGGAUCGAAGAAAGAAGUGCAUCCGAAAUUUGCGCUAACGCAUGCACCAAACGUGAACAUCACUCUCUCUUUUCUCUCCAGCAAGCUCACACUCAAGCACUCAUAGUCCAAAGAGACGCACACACACACACAUAGCACACACACAGAGAUGCAUACAAAAACAAUCUUAAAAUCCAUUCCAACUUACACUCCUUAAGACGCAGUUUCAACCGUGACCCCCCUGAAAACAUUCUCCCUCGAGGAUACCGUGAAAAACAGCCGAUGAGCUUCAUAUGUUGAUACCAUCUAUUUCAUUUGUACUGUAUAUAUUCUUGUCUUGAUUUCCUUUUCUUUGUGGACCCGUGUUCAGUCGUAAAUAUUUAGUUCCUAAUUGUGAAGUAUGUUAACAUUCCUUGAUGGUUCUCCAGUACUUUUGAGGAAGGCAUUAUUUACUAAUAGUAUAUAUCAAAAUGAAGCUGUAAAUAGAUAGCACCUUAGACUUGGAUCCGAAUCAUUUGCAUAGCCGACGUGAGACGAUAAACACCUGCAACGGCUCGUGGCCCCCGGUUAUUUUGAGGCUUCUACAGAUUCAGGGAGGCUCAAAGAAUUAUUACAAACAUAUUACAAAGGGACAAAGUCCGGCGAAGUAGCUUGUUUAAAUUUUAUUUCUUCUUUUUUUUUUUUUUUUUAAAUCUACAGUAGACAGUUAAAGUAACUCUUACAUUGUUUCUCUGACCAAACCAAAUUAUGGUUCAGUUCUUAAUCACUGGCAAGUAAGCCUAAAAUCCUUCAAUAACAGAAUAAAUUCACUUUGAAUGAUCAAUCAGGAGUCUCCAUACUAUACGGUACUCAGAAUGAGUCCAGUGAAAACUUCCUGCUUUGCCUUUUUGUAGUUUAGGCGAAACCAUCAGUUGUAUGUCUCAUCAGGCUUGUAUCUAAACUUUUUUGUUUCCAUAGAAUUUCAAAACUACACAAAUUUGAUAUUUAUAUGUAGUGAUUCUGUAUUGGUAUUAGCCUACUGGUAUUUUUAAUUUUACUGUAAUUACGUUGCCAUUAUAUUGCAAUAUAUACUAUUCUCGUGGAGUUUUUUGAGCAGGGGAGUUCAUAUAUUUGGCUAGCAGUGUUGGAGUAUGACGGCAACUCUGAAGGGGAGAGAGAGGGGACGGGAGAUUUGUCAGGAGGAGGAGGAUGUUAGUGAGACACGGGAGGAGGGUUUGCCACCUUCCUACCACUCUGAUCUACUCUACUGUAUUAUAUUUUAGUUCUUAGACUAUUUUGUUAGUGUGGAUUUUUUUCGUGAGAAGUGUUUGUCCAGGCAAUUGCGGUAGAACAGCCCUCUGUGUGUGAUAGAAGUCAUAUUUGUCCUGGGCCAGUAGAAAGAUUUGAUUAACGGGGACUCUGCUGUACCACAGAGGGCUCCAUCUCAUCAGGCACUUUGGAGAGCACAGCUGAAACUCACGAGACUUAAUAUAUUUUAUAUCUGUACAUUCUGCCAAAGUUCACCGUAUAUAUUUUGCAGCAGAGGUUUGAAGCAAGGCCAUAGGGAAAGAGGAGCUUAUGGAUGCUGACCAAGAAACUAUUCCUACAGAUCACUAACCAAUAUUUUGCUUUCAAUAUACCAAUCCAAAAUGUGAGUUAGUGGUGUUAUGGUAUGAUUCUGUGUUUCCUUUGCAUAGAUUAGAUUUUGUUAAUAACGCACAGGAAUUUCCUUUUUUUUUUUUUUUUUUUUUAAGGGGAAUUAGACUUCAGGAAGCUGCUUAAGCGAGAGGUUGGUUGUUCCUCUACACCAAACACUACGGUACAAGCAUGAGGCAGCCUUAUCAGGAAGAGGCUUGAUGAAUGGAGCUUUUUGUUCAGUGAGUCACUUGGUUCACUGCACUGCCAGAGGUGGAUGUUUAGCGUGGUUGCCGGGAAAAUGUGCUGUUUGUUCACCAACUUGUACAUCAGAGCUAUUAUGUAAAUAUUAUAAGAAUCAUAAACUGAAUCUUAGCCAGUGAUCUGUAGGAAGGUUUGUUAAAGCCUGCUCUUUAAGCUAAGGAGAUAUAUUUUACUCAUUAAAAAACGAAGAAAGCUAUCAAGACUGCAGUGUACAUUCAGGACAGAGCGUUUAAUCGAAAGUUCUAUAAAUAGGUGGUUAAUUUUCUGAGAGUAUGUGAUAAAUGGGCAUGGAAAGCACCUUCAGCAAACAUACAUUUACAAGUAUAUCUCACACAGAUACUUUGAUGUGCAUGUAAGCCAUUGAAAUAGAUUAUAUAGUACUGUAUCAAAGUUGUUUUCCCCUUAAGCGAAUGUGUUUUUAUUCCUAAGUAUCUUUUAUGUGCCAUGACCUACUUUUCAGACGUCUACAACUACAAUCGUCCCGGAGCUCUGGCACUCGUGCUUUUUAUGAUCAAAUCCUUAUUUUUUAUCAAUCUGCCAUGUUUACAGUUAAAGCAGUGCCUUGGACUCGGGAAGGUGAGAUGCUUUUUUGGAAGGGUUGUGAGCCCACUCCCCACCCCUGUAUGCCCGCCCCCUCGCUCCCACCCCCAAAAAUCUCUUUACUGAAAUCACAUGAAGAAGAGGCACAAUUAUAUUUGCUCCCUCAUCAAGAUUAAUGUCCUGUGCCAGUUAAGUGCACUUAAGUAAAAUCCAUAUUAUCUCUUAAAUGGACUUGAAAUGCUUUUUCUCUUUUCUUUGUUCUUUCUUUCUUUCUGUUUUAUUUUUUGGGCAACAUAUAUUCUAACUUCAAAUAAUCAGCAGACAAGAAUCUAUUGAGAGAAUUGCAAUAACAGAUAAGUUAAUAUAUGUCCAGUUAAUCCAGUGUAACAUGUUGAGGAUCUACUCACAGCAGGAGCCAGCAUAGAGUAAAGCCAUGAGUAUGUAGAGGAAAAAAACAAAAGUUAAUGUGCACACAUCAAGUUAAACUGUGUGUGUGUGUGUGUGUGUGUGUGUAUGUGUGUGAGUGAUGUCUGCUCCGAAAAAUGUAGGUUCAUUCUGCACAGGUGAUCUAAGCGCUUCUUUAACAUGUUGAUUGUGUAAUGUUGUAGUGGGGAGAGUAGCGUGACUUAUUCUGAGAAGCCUAUUUUAUAAAAUAUGUAAAUGAGUCUAUAUUGAGAAAUAAAAAGUGAAUGUACAUCUAUAAGACAGAUUUGUAUUUAUAUGAAAGUGUGUACCGCUCUAUUAAUCUAAGCACAAUGUAUUUUAAGGCCGGGAGAUCAAAGCUAUACCCGAGUCUAACGGAGAGAUGGGAUAUUUUAUUUGCCCCCCUCCCCCAAAUAUUCCCCUCUUUCAUUCUGUCAUUCGUUAAACUAGUCCCGGUGUAAUUAGGAGUUGUUAUAGCUAAGCAGGAGACAACUGUGUGUGUGUAUGUGGACAGUCUUAAAAAUCUAUCCAGACAUAUACAGAAACAUACAUGUCUGUUGUUAGCGGAGGAGUCAGAUGUGGCUGGGAUUCAGACACUUGAGGUGACUGGCAGUCUGUUGUUGGAUCUGCCCUCUGGUGUAAAUGGCCUACAGGGGGGUGACAGGCUGAUAAUAUUCUCAGGAGAUGAUCGCAAUGAUCAUGAAGACAGAACUACACUGAUGUUAGGAGCCCAAUAGUCUGUGGUGUGGGGUCAUCGGCUCUUCACGCACCACAAACGAGCCAAUAAUCUUUAGUUUUCAUGAAAUCGGUAAUUCCACUGAUUUUACACGUCAGAGUCUGUUUUUGGUGUCAGUAGGUGCUUGGUGUGAUGUCGGGUCGCGCUGCUCGGGGCUGAAGGCCAACAAAAAUUCUUGCAUGAGACUACAUUUUUUGCACACCUGAAUCUUUAACUGAAAUUGCAGUGUGUGAUUGUGGGAACUUCAGUGUACAGGAUGGUGGAUGCAUGCCUGGAAAUAAAAAGAUCUCUAUUAAUUCUGAAGUGUUAAACAUGAAUCUGGCUACUUCACACGUAUAGCAUGACGGACGGCUUAUGAAAAAAAUGAAAAUCAUCCGAAUUGUAGGAGAGCUCAAGCUUGAGUGUGUGCAAAGCUUUGAUGUGUAAAAUCAGUGCGUUUUCCCCUCUUUUAAACACAUAACUUCCAUAAUGUGCUCCAUUCGCAGUUACAUGAAAUAUCCUGCAUACAAAAAAUAAUCACUUCCAUGUAAACAAAAACAAAAAGCCAUAGCAUCACACUUAACUUUCAUUAUUUUAACUGCAUGGUUUGUGCUGGCAGGUUUUCUGGAGAGCACUGCAGCUAAAUUAUUAACGUUAACCAUGAAAGCCUUUUGACAAACGUUUGUCGCCAACCCGACCGAGAGCGUCACUCCCAAACACUCAGCUUGUUGCCUCAUAUCGUGCAGCAGAAAUUCUUCUAAUGGUGUUGCGGUCUGGAAGACGGAGGAGUGGUUAUGGUUGUUGAUUUCCCUAAAUGCACCUUAAGAUGUGAAAGUGCUAUUUCAUUUUGUGCCAACGGCCAUUAAAAGACCUGAACCUCACAGCUCAUUAGUUUCCUGGGAAGAUUUGCGUCAGUCUGGUCGUAAGCUUGGACAGAUUUGACCGCUGAAUUUGUGUGAUUUGACUCUUGAGUUGUAGGUGUGGAGGAUUGUCCUUCCUUCUUUCUUCCUUUUUUUAUUUAAAGCAAUACAAGCGUUUGAAGAGUUUCAAAAUUGUCCAUGCGAGUGUGACUUGCAGGUCGUGAUUCUCCAGUGGCCUUCGGCAGACUUGACAUAGGCUGGUUUGUGUGUUACAAAAAUAAUUCUGUGCUUUCGCUUUUGUUUGUAAUCACACAUACACAAAGAAAAAAAAAAGUCGGUUUAACACAAUCACAUGCUGGGACGCUUGAUGUAAUCCAAAAACUGCCUUUAUGAACUCUUAAGUAUCGAUAAAUGGCUGAUAGAUAAUCAUCUCAUGAGGCACUCUUCUCUUAUAACUUACAUUUCUAAUCAAUCCCGUGUGACUGGAUUAGCAGCUGUAGUUGGGGAGUGAGGCAGAUCAAAACGUGGGGAGCUCUACAUCGACGUGGCUCUUUGGACAGAAACAAUAUCUCCUGUUCUUUUUCAAUAACUUUUUGGUUUGUUUUUUAGAAAGACAUCUUUGCAAUGUUUUAGUGUGCGCGCGCGUCUGUGUUCCUUGUGAGAGAUUAACUCCAGAUUGUAUUUCAUAGACUAAACUUUAAACUUUCAAGAUUGUGUUGAAUGAAUUCAUGUCUUAAUACAGAUUGUUUGAAAAAUAAAAUACC